GAGCCAGUCGUCCGUGAAGAAGACAGAGGUCAUUCUCAAUCUGAACAUGAACAGGUACUGGAUUUACUUGACACUGAGUUGUCAGCCUCAAACGGAGGAGGAAGAGUUAGUACCUGAUGACAUGAUGCUGGACGAGUUCAAGAAGCGUACUUUGGAAAGUGCUCAGCUGCAAUCUGAAGAAUCUUCUUCCAAGAAGACCCGAGAAGGCAGGCCAUUACAGGAAGAAGACGUGUUUCACUGGGACGAACACGAAGACUUGACAGCAGUGGAAGGUGUAGACGUUGAGUGCGAAGAUCUCAUGGAGGAAGAGAUGGAAGAUGCGCCAAGGAACGAACAAGGAGAAAUGCCACCUGAGUUGAGUCCUGAAGCGUUGGACACAAUGGACCAAGAAGCAGCAGUGGAGGAACUCAACAAACUCAGCAAGAUCGGUGUGAUCGAAGAGUUCCAGGAAAACCAUGCGACUGGGCAAGAGAAGCGUAUGGACCUGCGAGAAGUCUACGAUUGGAGAUUUCGUGACAAUCGAUGGAAACGCCGGUGUCGCAUCGUGGCGAGAGAAUACCGAGCUGGCCCAAGUUCAACGGCAGAAACGUUUUCGCCGACAGCUUCGAACGCCUCCGCGAGAUUGGUUCUCAUUCUGCACCUCAUUUUUCCGAAGCGGGUUAUUGUGGUGCUGGACAUCACGGAUGCUUAUUUGCAAGUACCACAGCAAGAAGAAGUUCUCGUAACUAUCUCAGCGUGGAUGAAGAAGGUUUGCAACAUCGGGGAAGGAGAACGAGAAGAAACCAUGUGGUUAGUAGAAGAACUGGAGAAAAUCUUCAGAGUAGAGAAGGAAGGACCGUAUCCUCUGAACAGAGUUGGAAAAGGAGAGGAGCUACGCUAUCUGAAGAAUAAGUAUGUGUUCGUGGAAGAAGGAGUAGUUGUACAGCCAAAUGAAAAGUACAUCAAGAAGUUGUUGGAGCUGUAUGACCUGGGAAGACUGAAAAGUAAAGCAACUCCUGAACACGUGGACCUAGUCAAGGAAGACAAAAGCAAGGAACUAUGA